UCCGGCCUGGCCAGGCUGGGAGGAAUCGUUCCUUGCCUUGCCCAGGAGAUGAAGCCACUGAGACCAUCCGUGGGCACCAUGUGGCUGCUUCAAGCGACUGCUGUUUUCUUCCUUCUGUCCAACAGUCUCUGCCGCGGUGAGGACGGCGAAGAUGUUCAAAAUAAUUCUACUUCAUUACCGGCAGAACCUUCCACAACAAAAGCAUCUGCCAUAACACCAGGCAUCGUGUCAGUAACAAAUCUUGACAAAUCAACAGGUGGAACAACUCCUGAAGCAACGACCAACAGUAAAGUAACCAAAACACCUUUGCUGCCAGCACUUCAUUCAACACCAAAACAUGAAGUGGAAACAUCAACUGAUCGUCUCCUAAAGAAUGAAGUUUUCAUUAUAAAAACAACAGUGCCAAAUCCUCCAAUUUCGAAAGCUGUUUCAACGCUACCAAGUUCUCAGAACAAAACUGAGAAUCAGACCUCAAUUGGGACAACAGAAAUAUCAGCUACCAGUCAACUGCCAGAUGCUUCGCCCAAAACCCCUGAGACACCCUCUGCACCUUUCACAACUGCAAAAACCAUCUCACAGCUUCAAGAUACUGAGGAUGGGAAGAUUGCAGCCACCCCACCAACUACCCCCUCCUAUUCCAGUAUUAUUUUGCCCGUGGUUAUUGCGCUGAUUGUUAUAACACUCUUGGUAUUUACUCUGGUGGGUUUGUAUCGAAUAUGCUGGAAGAGAGACCCAGGCACUCCAGAAAAUGGAAAUGAUCAGCCUCAGUCUGAUAAAGAGAGUGUGAAGCUACUCACUGUUAAGACAAUCUCCCAUGAGUCUGGCGAACACUCUGCACAGGGGAAAACCAAGAACUGACAUCCUGAUGGAUUCUUCUUACACCUGGGCAAUGAAUAUGCUUCAUCUUCAGCUUCUAAACUCCAAGGGUGGAAAGAAGAAAAAGUCCUGAGGAACCAAUACAAUUUCCAAUCUCCUCACCAGUCUACACCAGUUACCUGUCCCAGCAAAGGAAUGGCAUACCAUCACCCGAUAGAAUCAUAAAGAGCUCUGGCUAGCUCCUGUGUGAGAUGUAGAAAACUGAAUGACUCUAGUUUUCAGGGACUUUUCUAGGAGGAACUGUGAUCCUCAGCCUAGGCAAGUGGGCUGCUAGAAGACAGGCCGUAGCUGAGUUUAGAACUUCCAAGUUUUAUAGCCUCGAUCCAUGGAGACUUGCCUGUUUUCUUUGGUUUCUUGUGUUAGCCAGUGUCAGUAUUUAUUGUUUCCCGCUGUGUUAAUGCAGGGAGAGUUUUGCAAGUGUGUUAAUAAAUGUUAAGUAGAAAUCAUACCAUGUUUCUCUGAAGAGACAGGUAUGUUAUUCAUGUUUUCAGGUGUUACUUUUAAUAAAUAAUGGCUGUACUCAGCAUGCUAAACAUUA